CAUAGAUCACGUGAACCUGAGUAAAUGCUUCCGUGUUGACAUGACAUCGGCUAAGAUCGUCUUUUAAAAGUCUGUAUAUUGUUUGAAUUUCAACACAGUUUACCGAGUCUUUGGAGACCAAACAAGUUCAAAAUGUCUAACAACGAAAAGCAAGGUCAAUAUCCUCCUCAACAGCAGCAGCAACAGCCACAUCAACCAUAUCAAGUUUAUCCAGCAGCUCCUGCAUACCCCACAGGAACAGGACAGUAUCCAAUGUAUGCAAUGCCACAACAACAACAACCCGCAGGAGGCUUCCCACAGGAACCACCACCACCAUAUACACCACCACAACAACAACAAUAUGGACAAAUGGGUGGCUACCCCCAUCAGCAACCAUAUCAACAACAGCCAUACCCUGCACCAAACUCAACUGUUGUGGUGCCAAAUGCAUUUGAUGCAGGUGCACGAUUCGGUGUGGGAUCAUCUGUCAAUAUCCCUCCACCACCACCAGGAGUAGCACCAAAUGCCGCACAAAUGGCGCAAUCACAAGGACAAAAUGUGCAGCUGGGACAACGCCAAGGAAACUGGAUGAGUGGAGGUUCAGAUGGUGGUUCUGUAUGGUGGUAGUCGAACAUGGUUAUGAAAAUCAUCUCCUCUCUGGCAUUUACAUUGUAUCCUAUCUUGAACCUGAAAAAUAUAUAACUUUAGACUUCUUUAUCAGGCAUUGGUCGUCAUGCUACACACAUUGGAGGUAAACAAUUCAUGUUGUCCAAAAAGUGUGUAUGUCACAUAAAGAAUCAAUAUUGAAAUGUGCCAUAAUCAUCAGUCUUAAAAUUGAAAUAGACAGUUUCAUGGUUAAAUGUGAUUAAUCUGUUUUAGCACUUCGUUCUGUUUGUAUACAUAUCAAAUUUUGUCUGUUAGAAGCAAGUACAGUAUGUUUUUGUAAACAACCAGUUGAAUAAAUAACAUACAUGGUUCAAUUUGUUUUUGGUGUACCGGUACUUAAAUUGCACCAAAACUUACUGUUUGCACAGUCUGUGCUUCUAAUAGAGCAAAAUUUUGGUACUGUAUAAAUUCACUGGGUUAUAAUUUUGCUAUUUUUGCUGAUAAGUAAAAUCCACAGAUUUAAAUCAGUGGAAACAUGUAGAAUCAUUGUUUCCCUGCCCUCUGUAAAUAUGCUCAAUACAUCAAAAUAGUGAAAUUAAAUGUCAGUGAUAUGUAAACAAGCUCAUGACUUUUUGUCUGCAUAUUCAGUGUGUAUCAAAAAGAAAAUUAUGAGAAGAUUAUGAUGUGAUGCCUGACAAUCCAUGAACCCCCCAAAUGGUCGUAGUAUUAAUUGUAACUAGUGUUGCAUAUCCCUAUGGACAUCUAUGCUGUAAACCAUUUAGUUUUCACUGCUAGGAUGUCACAAGGACAAUGUUUUGUGAAAGUUAUUGUAACUCUGUGUCUUCAGUACCCUGGUGAAAAUCAUAGAAAAUUGUCCCUAACAAAAUUAAAACGACAAUCUAUUUAUUUAUUCAAUUGGUUGGUGACGGACCUUCAAAAAACAUUGUUGGGAAAAAAACUCUUCCAAGAUGCAUAUAGUGUGUCAGUUAUAUUAUUACCAGAGAUGCAUGUACCAUAGUUUGUUCAAGUAUUAUGCGACGGUCAGAGCUUGGCAUGCAAGUGUUUGGAUUCUGAGAUAUUAAUAUAUUUCUAUAGCUGUUUCUCCAAUAAUUAUACAAUACAUGCAAGUAAUGUUGUAUUAUUUUCUCAUUCCAUCCUAUCAUAACAUUAGUCUGUACAGGAGCCCACCAACUAGAAUAUAAAACAUGUCUAAUUGAUUCAGGGUUUUAAUUGUACAUAUGUGUGAAUUGUAUUGUGAAUUAUACUAGGGGGUACUGAUGUCAUUGU